CCCGGGUCUGUCUGCUGCUCCUCCUCCCUGUCCGUCCGUCCGCUCGCCCCGAAGCGUCUCGCCGCCGCCGGCCCCCUCCACCGGAGCACCUCCUCGCCGGCGAGCAGCCAUCCUCCUCCUCCUCCUCUUCCUCCCGGAUUCUUGUUUGCCAUGGGUGACUACACAAUCCGGAUAAGCACCAGCUUGAUCGAGCAGCUCGCGCGAGAUGACGAUAAGCAGGUGAAGAGGAGGACCAGGAAACCCAAGCCGAGGAAGGUCGUGGAGCAACCAGAGGAGCCUCAGGACAAUGGCAGGGAACUUCCAACUGAACCCAAGAGCAGCCCCGCUCCUGUUCUGCCUUUUCCACCACCCAUGUACCUACCAGUGACCCCCGCUCCCCCACCACCGUCUCCGGCGAUCCAGGAGGUGGAAGCCAUACGCACGGUGGUGGCGGAGAGCGAGAAGGUGCUGGAGAAGCUGCAGAAGAAGGAGGCGACGAUGCGCGAGGAGCUCACCAAGAGGGCCAAGGAGCUGCAUGACAAGGAGUUCAAGCUGCCAUACCAGAACCCUGCACCGUGCACCGACGAGAGGGCCGGGUGCGCCGAGUGCUAUAGGAGCAACGUGCAGGACCCGCUCAAGUGCGCCGAGGCGGUCAAGAGGUUCGAGGCGUGCGUUCGCAUGGCGAGGCGGGGCGGUGCCGCCAUGGGAGCUUAGCAAUGGGAGAGGGGUUGCGAGUCGGAGCUGAGUGAGCGAGGUGUCGAGCACACGAUUUUGCUUCUGUCGGGAUGAUUGAUUGAAUAAUCUGCCUGGAUUUUUGUUUGGUGAGACCUGAAACACCAUCAGCUGUAGAUUAAUUCUGGUGAUGCCAUGAGUUUCCUUGAAUUUAGGGUGUGGCUCCAUGUUAAUUGCAUACUACAAAAUGAAACAUGAAUUGUGCUGCAAAAUUUGCAUGGUUCCUUGGAUUUUAGCCCGUUUGUUUGGGAUGAGUUUUGAGUAACCAUUGUAUGCUGA